UGUGGCUACCCCAGUUCCCUUUGACUCGACUUGAGGGAAGUUUACACACCUAACCUCCCACAGUACGUCAUUUGACUAGGCUGUGCAGGUUUCCUCCUAAUAAUUCCAGUAUUCAAAUGUUGUAUUGCUGCAUGAAGACAGCAGGCAAAGAUAUCAGAUAGCGAGGCUGUGCUGUGCUGUGUUGGGCUUGGCGAGUGUGGCACUCAGAAAGACUGCAGUCCGUUUCAGUCUUCCACUGGGCCGGCAGCUCAUGGCUGCGAGGACCCCGUCAUGACCCUGAGACUGGACACAGCAGGUAAUGAGGGAAGGACUUGAGGAAGAUGAUUAGAAGUGGUGUCAUGUCUUUGCCUAUGAAACCACAUCACCUCAGCUAAGACUCCUUGUUUGCACACACACACGCACACACACACACACACACACACAUCCUCCUCUGCAACCUCCACAUCUAACCAUGGAUCCUGACCCUGAGCCAGAUCUCCCGCCCUCCGCUGUGGACGACGAAGAUGCUCCAGACCUGGAGUGUGCCAUCUGUUUUAGCCAGUUCGACAACGUCUUCCGCACGCCCAAGAUGCUCGGCUGCAAGCACACCUUCUGCCUGGAGUGCCUCGCGCGCAUGAACGUCAAGUCGGCGCAGCCCAACUCCAUCCAGUGCCCGCUGUGCCGCGGCCACACUCCUCUGCCUAACCUCGGGCUGCCCAAGCUGGACACGGACUCCACCGUGCUCUCCUGCCUGCCGGCUGCCAUGCAGCGCGUCUACAGCAUCCGCUUCAGCCGCAGCAAAGGUCGCCUGCAGGUCAAGCGGCCCGACGAGGGCGUCCUGCCCUUGGCCGCGCGGACGGUCAGCCACACGCUGGACGUGGGGCUGCCGGCCGGCAGCGGUGGCAGUGGAGGAGCCGGCGGGGAGCAGUCGGGCCAAGAGCGGGGGCAUGGGAGAGGCUGCUUGGCCAUGCUGCGGAGGCAGGCGCAGAGGCCACCCUGCCGGGCCUGCAUCAUGGCCACCACGGUCCUGCUCAUGGUGGUGCUCACCAUCGUCGUCAUCUUCCUUCUCUCGUCUCGGAAUUAA